AAUUCCGCCCCGUCCGCUCUGUCAGCGGAGCAAAAUUACGUACUGUCAUGAGAAACAUUGCCCCUUUGGGGUCGGCUUGCCGGAAGAGGCGUGGCCCGCGAUCAUACGACUGGGGGCUGGCCUCCACCGAACAUUGGCCGAGAUUCUCAGUCAGUCAGUCAGUUCUUUCCAUGCAAUCCAUGCAUUCAUCCAUCCAUCCAUCCAUCCAUCCAUCCAUCCAACAUCCAUUCUACUGCGCUCUGCUUGUCGUUGCAUACUCAACUCUAACAGUCAUGUGUCCUUCAAAUUUGCCUCUCUAUCUUCGAUCACGAUAUCAUUGAUCUUUCUAGAACCUCGCCUCAAGUUGCCCCGAAAUCAAC